AUGGCGUGUCAAACCGACCUUCCGAGCAUCGGGCUGGCUAGCCUGUCCACCCUCGAACGCCGCCACCUCAGCCAUCAAGUCAACACAAUCUCAGCAGUCCGCCGAAGAAACAUGGAACGCCUCUCAAUCCUCGAGCAACGAAGUACCCAUUCCGACCUUGGCCUUAUCAUCCAAGGUCUCCGCGAAGACAACGACGCCUACGCCAAACUCGUCACGCAGCUGGCCGACCUUAUCCCAUCUGUCUAUGGCCAAACAACCCGAGCAGCCACUCUAGCCAAACAGGUUUUCGGCACAUUCGAGCUUCUCGAACUCAUCCUACUCUUUCUCAAGCCAAGACGACUGCUGGUAGCCAUGUGUGCCUCGAAGAUCUUCCGUGACACCGCACUCGCGAGUCCUCCAACACUACGCCGUAUGGGGCUCCUUCCCGAGUCCGGACUUCCCUGUAUACCAAUCGUGCAAUACUGGCCCUUCGCCAUCGACAUCAAACCCGUAAGGCAGUACGUCCGAGAUCGAGCGCCCGAAGCCUGGACAGUCCAAUUCUCCAUCACCACCUUAUCAGCCGAUUCAGCGAAACACCUCCAUUUUGGCUCUCGCAGUCGAAAAGUACUGAUCUGUCAACCUCCGCCAAAGUCUAUGGAUGUCUGGACGAAUUGCUGUAGACCGGAGAACGCGGAUCCGAUAUUGACUGGCCAGUGGCCUCCUCAUCCUUUGGAGACUCUGCGAUCAGAGGGAGGGAUUACUGUCGGGCAGAUCGUGGAUGCUGCGAUCCGCGUCAUGGGGAAACAUCGAUCAUGCUCGCUCGCGCCACGAGAGUUGUACGAUGAGCGUGAAGCGGUGCGAUGUGCGAUCAACUUCAAAGCGACGGUGCAGAUGUGA